CUGCUACUGAUGACCCUCCGCCCCCUGCACCUGAGGUUCCCGAGGGCUUCUCCAAUGACCUAUUGGCUAGGAUUCGCUCUGAGCAGCAAGAUGAUCCCCUAUGCAAGAAUAUUGUCCGAGUCUUCUCUGAGAGCUGUUCUGACUUCACUGCGAGCUAUAUUCGAAACCUCAAGAAGUUCUUCAACAUCGAUGAUGAUGGCCUGGUUCUCCGCACCGUCGAAGCCCCUGAUGGGAGACCUACUAUUGUUAUCCCCUCCACCUUGGCCAGUGAAGUGAUUGAAGCCGUACAU